AGUGCCGUUCCAGGCGUGCCUUGAUUCUCCACUCCCGCCCAAAUCAGACAGAACAGAAAGGCCAGCCUUCUCUCUGCGCUUGCUCGACUCGCAAGAUCGAGGCGAGUUAGUUUUCGGUCGUUCGCUGAAUUCUCAGUCCUGCCCUUGUUCUGACCUCAAAACAAAACAGAGGACGAUCCCGGAGUCAGGAAGAACCGACGGUGAAAAUCCCAUUGCAAAAUAUCUCAAAAGAACACUUAACAUCGAAUUUGGAGACAAUGGCUACUGCAAAUUGUUCAAACGUAGCGUCUACUCCCAAGCGAGUGGCCAUCAUUGGUUCGGGUAAUUUUGCCAGCGCCAUGUCCAUAUUCAUAGGGAAGAAUGCUCAAUCCCGUCCAGAAUUCGAGGAUCAAGUCAACAUGUGGGUGUUUGAAGAGGAGGUCAACGGACAAAAGCUCACCGAUAUCAUCAACACCACUCACGAAAAUGUCAAGUACCUGCCUGGGAUCAAACUGCCCGAGAACAUCAAGGCUGUGCCCGAUCUGACCGAGGCCUGUCAAGGCGCCAAUCUGAUGAUUUUUUGCCUACCCCAUCAGUUCAUCGUUCGAACGUGUCAAACCAUGAUAGGACACUUUAAUUCCAAAGAUGCUUAUGCUCUGUCCAUGAUUAAGGGAUUCCACAUUAAGGAAGGUCCGGCCAUUCAACUGGUGAGCGAGCACAUCACGGAGCAUCUUCACGUCCCAUGUGCCUCCAUGAUGGGCGCCAAUCUCGCCAACGAGAUCGCCCUACAGAAGUUCUGUGAGACGACAAUCGGGUGCGAAAAUCCGGCCAUGGGAUCCCUUUUCAAGCGCUUGUUAGAGACCGAAGACUUUCGCGUCAAUGUGACUCGGGAUUUUGGGACCGUGGAAAUGUGUGGAGCCUUAAAGAACAUCGUGGCCGUGGGAGCCGGAUUUGUGGACGGUAUCAACGGAGGAAACAAUACUAAAGCUUGCGUGAUUCGACUGGGCUUGGUGGAAAUGGUCAAGUUCGUCCGUCAUUUCUUUCCCCAAGCCAAUUCAACCACGUUUUUCGAGAGUUGUGGCGUGGCCGACUUGAUUACUACUUGCUAUGGAGGUCGGAAUCGACAAGUAGCCGAAGCCUUUGCGCGAGCCUUCCCCAACAAGAAGCUCGAAAAUUUGGAGUCGGAAAUGCUCAACGGCCAAAAACUGCAAGGCCCUCUCACCGCCCACGAGGUCUACGAUUGCUUAAUUAGAGAUCAAGUCCUGGAUCAAUUUCCACUAUUUGCCACGGUUCAUAGGAUCUGCAUUUCAGAGCAAUCACCGCAAGAUCUCAUUGAUAUUCUGAAGUCUCAGCCCUCCUCCUAUGGUGUGUUAGACGAUUAAAGAAGGUACCAAACACUCCCUACCUUCAUUUUAGACUCCAAUUCAUCGAGUCCUUUGCCUGAGAAUAACUUUGAUCGCGAAGGUAAUUUCGCAUUUUCAAACUCUCCAUGAAAUUCGGUCAAUUUGGACUCCAAGGCGUAGAACUCGAGGUAUCUGUCAAUAAAACAAAAAAACAAAUAUGGUUAAACCCCGCCAAAGGGUUUUCACAUUCAAGCUUUAUCACCUUACCUUCUGGCCACCGACCAUUGCAAAUCUUCUGCGUUUGCUAAAUAAAUAUCAAACGGAUGAAUCACA